AUGUAUCAGAUUAGGGAUACAUGGAUCCCUGCGUAUUAUCGCGAUCAACACAUGUCUGGGCUGAUGCGUACCUCAUCACGUUCGGAGAGUGAGAACCAUUUCUUUGGGCAGUUUUGCAACCCGAAUUGUACCCUUCUUGAAUUCUUGGGGCAUUUUGAUUCUGCAAUCGAAGCCCAAAGACACGAGCACAGGAAGAAUGAUCACGAUACUAGGCACACGAACCCCCCAAUAUUUGCAAAAGAGUUUGUCUUAGAGCAACAGGCGGCAAACAUAUACACACGGACAAUUUUCUUUGAUGCGCAACUUGAAAUUCAGACAGCCAUUCACAAGUGUGCUGUUGGAAAAUGGGAGGAUAGAGAGGAUAACUUUGUGAACUUCUUUGUGAAGGACUUUUCUCAAGCGUGUACUACAUUUUUUCACGUCAUGAUGCGGCAGCUAGACAUGACCGUUAGUUGCUCAUGCAAUAGGCAGUUCCCUGAAAGGUACAUAAUGCGACGGUGGACAAGGGAAGCUGUUCCUAACAGUGCGCCGGGAGCGAUAUUGGGGAUUAGUGAAAGUGAUGAUCGGUACCAGCAAGUUAAUGGUGUUGUAAGGGAGAUAAUAAGGUCAGCUGAGUCUCUUAUUAACAGGUUGGUUUAUAACUUUGAUGCGUUGUGCGCUUUUAGGGACCAUGUUGUCCAGUAUCAAUCGACCGCUGAUCAGGCAGUCGUAAACGCUCCCCCUAGGAGUCGUCGCGAUAGGUUUGCUGAAAUAACUGGAUACACGCAAGAAACACCUGUAACUGUUCGUAUGCCGAAAACCGUUAGAUUUAAAGGUAUGGGCAAACCUUCCAGAAUGAAGAGUAAUCGUGAAAUUGCCAUUAUUCAAUCUGCGAAGAAAAAAAAGGGUCGCGAAUGUGGUAAUUGCAAACGUCGGGGGCAUAAUAGACGUACCUGCUCGUUCCCGGCAAGGGAAAAUGCCGACGACUCCUCAGAAAGUGAUGAAGCGGAUCUUGAAGGAGACGACGAAGAGGAGCUAGAAGAUGUGGCGGGUGAAGGAGACGACGAAGAGGAGCUAGAAGAUGAAGAGCAAGAGUAG